AUGGCCAGUGCCAGCAGCGGCAGCAAUGGGCGGAAGAGAUGGACGGAGCGGAAAGAGCCAAAGGCGGCCUCGCUGGCCGAUGAGUGGAAGAUGGAGGAGGCGGAGCGGCGGAGCAGGAGCUCAUCCAUCCGACGUUCCACAGCAUUUGAAACCGCACCCCCUACUGCUGCUGCUUCUCGUAGCACCAUCCGGGCCUUGACCCCCGAGCACCACGAUGAAGAGAUGCGCGGUAAUGCUGCCCGAGCCUCGUCCCGAGCGGAGAGCAUCCCUUCACAAACCACCACCCCCACCCACACCACCGCCAUCCUCCCGGCCUCCUCCAACUCUUCCUCCCCUUCCAGGCCUCCCAGGAAGUUGGUCAAAGAUCGCGUGGCUCGUUUGAGCACGCAUGGAUCGUCUGGCAGUCGCAGCGGUGCGAGCUUGACUGGAAUGUUGGGACGCAACACGAGCAAGAGCAAGAACCGAGACGAGGCGGAAGCGGCCGCCAUAGACAAUGCAGCAACUUCACCGACCUCUCGACUUCGUGCGAGAACGCUCGAGGAAACGCGGCCAGAGGCGCCUUCAGUCACCGCUGCUCGACACAGCAGGAGGAUGGGCAGUCUAAACCAUGUCCCCAAUCCUGGCGCCGACUACUUGGCCUCGGUGCCCGCGGAAGUCUCCCCUCCCUCCGCACCGUCCAUGUACCCCAUGGGUAUUGGAGACCACUACCCCAUCGACUACGCUGGACGAAGAUCGAUCUCACCCACUGGCUCCAACGCCUCGGGCUCCUACAACCCAGGCCAGGGCAAAUCAAGUGCGAAGCGAAUACUACAUCUGAUGAAGACGCUGAAUGGGCGCUACCAAGGCACCAUGCUCUUCCGCCUCGGUUCAAACCGCACGUGGAAGAAAGGCUACUGCUAUGUGGUUGGAGAGGGCGGCGCACUUAUUUGUACACCUGAGACCAACAACGAAUCGCCUCGGACGAUCAUGCCGAGUUUGAAGGGGUGCCGGGUGAAGCCUGGGAUGGACGGGGCCACACCAAUCCUGCAACUUGCCCUCCCACACGAAGAGCUUGGGCUUGACAUCAAGCUCCUGACUCAGGUGGACUUUGAUUCCUGGUAUGCUGCAUUCCUCCAUUGGACCUCUCUGGCUUCCAGAGCUCCCAGCGCGUCCGACACCGAAACCCCCCCACUGUCUGCCGAUAGCGCAGUCACCCCUCCACAGCCUCCUCCGCGUACUUCGUCAGCGAAGAAAUCACGCCAUCGCCACACAAACAGCGAAAAGAGCGAGCGGAGGAGAUCCACUUUCAAGCCCAAGGAUGCGCCGGUGAUCAAGAUUGGGAAGAUGAUAUACUGGGAUACCACAGCCGUGUACACCAACGCAGUUCCGCAUCCUCCCCCGGAUGGGGUCCGCUCGAAGUCUACCAGGCCGCCCACGCAGCGGACCCAAAGCAACACGGUCCGGCAGUGGCGACGCAUCAACGGGCAGUUGCGAGAAAACGGAGAGCUGACACUCAGCUCCGACCCUGACAAUAGUCUCAUCUCGGUGGUACAAUUGAGCCAGCUGAGCAGAUGCGCCAUUCAGAGGCUGGACCCAAGCGUGAUGAAUGAUGGGUACUGCAUCGCAGUGUAUCCGCAGUACACUGCGACUUCUCCAGAUAACCAGCUGGCUUUCGCGCGGCCCAUCUUCUUGAGCCUCGAGAAUCGUGUGCUGUACGAAGUCUGGUUUGUUUUACUGAGAGCCUUUACCAUCCCUCAACUGUAUGGUCCGAGUGCGUUUGACGAUAAUGGCGAGGGGAAAGACGACAUUAGCCAAGAGCCGGAGAGCGCGUUCGCCACAAAGACGACAGACAUGUUCCGUAUGGAGCGAUCUCUGAGCGUGAGGAUCGUCGAGGCAAGGAUGUUCCCAAUUGCGAGUAAUGCCGCCCUCCCAAGCCAAGGCUUCGUCGGUGCACAAACUCGAACCGCCGGCAACUCACGGUCCGAGCAAUACGGUUACUACGCGGAGGUCUUGCUGGACAACGAGACGAGAGCAAAGACGACCACCAAAUUCGAUGGCUUAGCACCCUUGUGGGCCGAGACGUUUGACUUUUUCGAUCUACCUCCUGUGCUUAACAGUGCGAGUGUGGUCGUCAAACGGCGUACCACGGAUACUCACGCGCGGGAGCAGCUGGAACAGCGCGUUCAGCCGGAUUUCUACUCCUCCACUGGUGAAGUCCAGGGCGUCUCGACUGGCUUCGGCUUCGAUGUGGUCUGCGGCAAGGUGGAAAUCUACCUGCAGGAGCUGGACGGCGAAAAAGAUAUUGAGAAGUGGUGGCCCAUUAUGAACGCGUCCCAUCAACACGUCGGAGACGUUCUCAUCCGGGCUCGUGCGGAGGAAGGCGUGAUUCUCAUGGCCCGCGACUACGAGCCUCUCGGCGAAAUCCUGCGGUCAUUUGAGAACAAUGUGACUCUACAAAUUGCGCAAAUGAUUCCCGCGGAAUUGAAGAGCAUUAGCGACACCCUACUCGAUAUCUUUCAAGUCUCUGGCAAAGCGAGCGAGUGGCUCAUGGCGCUGAUCGAGGAGGAAAUCGACGGGAUGCAACACAACAAUAAACCGGCGACCAAGCCUCGCUUCGGUCGGCGGAUGGGAUCGGAGACUGGGCAGGAUGUCUCCAGCCUUAGUGCCAGCCAUCCUGAUCGAGAAGCCAUUGUGCGCGACAUGAACAAGCAUGCCGCCCUCGAGGCGAAUCUGCUCUUCCGCGGGAAUACGCUCCUCACCAAAAGCCUGGACAGUCACAUGCGCCGCUUUGCCAAAGACUAUCUAGAAGCGUCCUUGGGCGGCAUCAUCCGGGAGAUCAAUGCCAAGGAUCCUCAGUGUGAAGUGGAUCCAAGCAAGGUUGACAAUCCGCACGACAUGACCGGCAAUUGGCGCCGACUCCUCCUGUGCACGCAAGAAGUGUGGAAAUCGAUUGUUGCGGCGAAGCACCGCUGCCCCCUCGAGCUGCGCGUCAUCUUUCGGCACAUUCGAGCCUGCGCCGAGGAUCGUUAUGGGGACUUUAUGCGGAACAUUGCUUAUAGCAGCGUGUCGGGCUUUCUCUUUCUGCGCUUCUUUUGUCCGGCGAUUCUGAACCCGAAGUUGUUUGGGCUGAUGAAUGAAGACGUCAAACCCCAUGCACGCCGAGCCUGUGUUUUGAUCGCAAAGUCACUCCAGACGCUCUCCAACCUUGCUUCGUUUGGAGCAAAGGAGACGUGGAUGGAGCCGAUGAAUGCAUUCCUGCUGCAGAAUCGGACGAGUUUCAAGGCGCUAAUCGAGGAUGUGUGUACUGUUCCCAGUGCCCCCUCGGCACGGGGCUCAUCUCGUGAGGGAGGCUCUUCCCCCGAAACAAUCAGUGCAGAAUCGAAUCUCAGCUACACGACGCCCAUCACCAUCAUGGCGCGGUUGCCACCUACGAGUCGUGAAGGCUUCCCCAGUCUACCCUUCCUUAUCGACCAACCAAGAGCAUACGCCGAACUUGUGCAACUGUGGCUGGAAGCGACCACCGUCGAUCCCGAAUCAGCAGAAACCACGGGAGCGGCGUCGAGUACCCAAGGCGAAGUGCAAGCUGCAAUCCAAGCAGCUGGACCGCACCUGGCCGCCUUCCACGACAUCUGCACCGCUCUGCACGCGCGCACACAAGACUGCUUGAACCGCGCCGAAAGAGCCGAGCGGCCAGACAGCGCCUCCAGCUUCCCCUGGGACGAGCUCAUCGACCAACUCAAACCUGAUCCGGACAACAACCCCGACGACCUAUCCGAUGACGCCGCGCCAACAGACCGCCACGUCGACGGGCCCUCUAUUCCCCCCGGCGCCCCCAUAUCAGCCUUCGUCCGCAUGCGCGAAUGGGACAUGGUCAACAACGGCACCACCCGCCUGCAAAACCAACACGCGCCCCUGCGCGGCAGCCCCGGGUGGGACCGCGAGCGCCCGCACUCCUCCGGCGUCCUCGGCAGUCUGCACGAGAGCCUGCGUCGCGCGCAUCCUCAGAGCGCCGGCGGCUCCGACUCGGCGAGCGUGGGCAAUAGUGCGGGCAAUGCGUCGAGUGCGCCGAGCAGCGAUACGGAGCACUUGGCUGAUGGCACGCCUACGGCCUUACCUAGCUAUGAGCGCGAGCUGCGGCAUCGGGAGCGCAGGGAGGCGGCGAAGCAGCUGAUUCAGCAGCAUGUUGCCGCUGCUUCGCGCUCGCGGGAGGCGGAGAGGGAGGGUGGUGGUGGCGGGGGAAGUAGUGGGAGUGCAGGGACGGGCAAGAAGAAGGGACGCUCGCCGAUUGUGUCUGCUUUGAGGAAGAAGAACCACAACAAUAGUUUGAAGGAGAAUGGGAGGGUGGGUGGUGGAGUGGCGGCGGCGGCGGCCACUGGUCCCCCGGCGGAGCAUGCGGCUACGAAUUAA